AAAAUUGAAGGUGAAAAUCGUCCGCGCAGCAGUGUUUUAUAAUCGCUAAAUUUAUCUUUAAAUUAAUUGAAGAAAAAACAACCUCUAAGACGUGUUAGCUAAACGAAAACAUCUUAAAUCCACUGUUGAUCCAACUGUCUGCCGGUCGAACAGGAAAAAUGACUGGACGCAACCGGAACAGCCAAGUUACCAAGUUGGAAACCUCGAUCGAACAGUGCCGAGCAGAAUCCAAAUGGGGCAAAGUAAUAGAGCUAGCGGAUGAGCUCAAGUCCAGCUAUCCGCAAGUUGAAAGUCUCGCUAACUUCCUGAUGGGAGAGGGCAAGCUGGAAAGCUACCUGGACGAACAUCCGCCCAUCGAGGACAACUACCACAAGGCCAAGUUGGGAUUGACCGAUGCCAAGCGGUACCUUAACUCGGUCAUUGGAGAGAGUGGCAAGAAAGCGGGCAUUGCCCUUGAUGCCCAUCUGCUGCUGGCCAAGUUGUUCUUCGCCUGCGGCCAAUACGAUGAGGCGCUGCAGAACUUCGUUCUCGCCGAGCUAAACACACUUUCGGAGAAGACCCUUUCACCUCGCAGCAUCCGGAUCCUGGCCGAGUCGUACGCCAUCAAGGGCAUGUGUUUGGAGAAGAAAAACGCGAAAGCGCCGUCAAAAUUCAAGCAAGCCGAACAGGAAACGGAAAUGAUAACGUGCUUCGAGCGGGCGGCAGAUCUCGGUAUUUUAUACCUGCAAGGACAGGACAGCCAGAAUCAGAAUGAAGUCCGCCGGAUGGGGGCCAUCCUGGAAACUGGGCUGCAGCGAGCACCGAUAGUGCUGAUCAAAACGGGCAAACUGCAGAAUGCCAUCGAUCGCUAUCGGGUGAUGUUAAAUGCGGUAGAAACCAAAGCAACGCAAACUUUGCGUCUUACUUUGGCCAGGCAGCUGGCAGAAGUCUUGCUUAGAGGUGUUUCUGGUACCAUUUAUACCCCACCCAGUAACUUGGGCACCUCAAAAAGUGGUUCAAGCAGUAAACGACUGUGGGAACCCCGAAAGUACUCUGCAAGACAUCAGUUUGUCCCCAAAAAUCAACACGAGGAAACCAUACUGCUGCUGCUGAUAACGGAGGCAUUGGCAGUCCGGGACGCUGUUCUUUCUCAGAGUCCAGAAUUCCGCGAAGCUAGAAUGCAUUCCUUGGGGAACGCGACAGCCGUUUAUGACUUACUUACUCUGUCCACCGUUCGCUGGAACCAGGUGGGAUUACUUCACGAUGCGCUAGAGAAAGCUUUGAAAUUCUCGUUCGGCGAAAGUCACGUCUGGAAGCAGUACGCAACUUGUCUGAUUUCGAUGGGUCGCUAUCGACAUGCUGUGUGUGCAUUGAAAGAACAUUCCAAACUGGAACCACAAGAUUAUCUUAGCUGCUUGAUGGCCGCUAGACUUUGCUAUGAGCACCUGGACCAAAUCAAGGAAGGGCUCGAAUUUGCCGAACAAGCCCUUAGUAAAGAAGUCAAAGUUCUGCGACGAUCCCGUGCUCAGCUUUAUGUGGGAAUAGGUCUGCAGCAGAUGGGAAUAUCGUCUAAUCUUGUUUCCGAAAAAGAUAAUUACAAUAAACUUGCAUUUGAAGCACUGGAACGAGCUGUCCAGCAAGACCCCAACGAUCAUCUUUCAGCGUAUUAUCUGGCAUGUCAACAUGCUUUCAAUUACAACAUUUCGGAAGCAUUGAUACACAUUACAAACGCUCUCUCACUGCGUGCCGAACAUGCCUCCAGUUUGCAUUUGUUUGCCCUUCUACUCACAGCCAAUCGACGCCCAAAAGAAGCGUUGGCCGUUGUUCAGGAUGCAACCGAGGAAUUCCCGGACAAUCUUAAUCUCCUGCACGUGAAGGCACACUUGGAGCUGUACCUCAAAGAUGUCGAAACGGCGCUGGAAACCGUGCAGCAAAUGCUUUCCAUCUGGCGGGAAGUGUACGAAGUCCAGCUGGCCAACGCCGGCAGUGGCAUGGAGCAUGAGAAUGAAAAAUAUUCCGACACUAGGAGCGUCCUGCAGAUGCAGUCUUCGCAGCUUUCGGACAAGGAUUCCAACUCAAUCCACGCGGCAUCGCUUGCAGCAUCCCGAAUAGAGCACGCCCUCAGUGAAGCGGCCAGCUCUCUGAGCUCGUUCAGCCCCCGGCCUGGUCCGCAGAAGGCCUGGAUGAUUCAAUUCAAAAUUUGGCUGCUUCUGGCGGACGUUUAUCUGGCCAUCGAACAACCGAACGAGGCCAUCAACUGCAUCCAGGAGGCCAGCCUAAUUAAUCCGGUGUCCCACCAAGUUAUGUAUAUGCGUGGCCAAAUCCACGUGUUCCAGCAUCAGUGGGCCGAGGCGAAGCAAUGCUUCCAGAAUGCCGUCUCGGCAAAUCCUUACCACACCGAGGCAUUGCGUGCCCUCGGCGAGGCCCAUCUAGCGCUCGGGGAACCGCGACUGGCCGAGAAAACACUCAAGGAUGCCGCUCGCAUCGAUCCGCACUGCCCGAAAAUUUGGUUUUUACUGGGUCGGGUUAUGGAAAACCUGGGCGAUUACGCCACCUCGGCCGACUGCAUGGCCACGGCAUUGCAGCUGGAACCGUCCUGUCCGGUGCUGCCAUUUACCUCGAUUGCAUUGGUUUUCGAGUGAACUGCAACAUACCAUAAAACAUUGAUAACAUCGUACUUUCGAUCCGAGAUCAUCAUUGUCCGAGAUUAGGAGUUAAAUCAAAAUGUUGACUAAUUUUAAUUUAGCAAGGUGCGGAUUCAUGUUUCGGAAUUAAGAAAUUUCGCUUUAAAUGGUUCCGAAUUCAAGGAAAAAAGGUAGGUGGACACCGUAAAUUCACAAUCACAUUCGCGUACUCUUUUUGGCGGUAUUCAAUUAACAGGUAUUACACACAUAAUAUGAGAAUAUGAUAUUGUUUGCAUUAUUGAAUGGUGGUAUAAUAGCAUAGUAUUUAAAAUAUAGUAGGUGUGUGUGUCUGUUUGCAUUUAUCUAUACACGUUUGCAUCCUAUCCGUAAUCACUAUGAUGAGCAAUAUAUUACGAAGCAUUACUGGAAACAA